AUGAAGCUUUCUCUGGCUGUAGGAGCCAGUCUGCUGGGCUCGGCUCUUGCUAUCGAUCCUAUUGUCAUCAAGGGCUCCAAAUUCUUCUACUCCAGCAACAACACCCAAUUCUACAUCCGAGGUGUCGCCUAUCAGCAGGACUACUCCAGCAACGGCACCACCAGCGGCAGCAACUCCUACAAGGACCCUCUGGCGGAUGCUACGGCCUGUGAGCGUGAUGUGCCCAUCCUGCAGGAGCUGAACACCAACACCAUCCGCGUGUACGCCGUCGACCCGACUGCCAACCAUGACAAGUGCAUGCAGUUGCUGGCCGACGCCGGCAUCUAUGUCAUCUCGGAUCUGUCCGACCCGUCCCAGGCGAUCGACCGGAGCGAUCCGCGCUGGGAGGUCAGCCUGUACGAGCGGUACACCAGCGUCAUUGACGACCUGUCCCAGUACAACAACACCAUCGGCUUCUUCGCCGGCAACGAGGUGUCCAACACCGUCAGCACCACCGACGCCAGCGCCUUUGUCAAGGCAGCUGUCCGGGACAUGAAGGCCUACAUCAAGGAGAAGGGCUAUCGGUCGAUGGGCGUGGGAUAUGCCACCAACGACGACUCGACCAUCCGCGUCAACAUGGCCGACUACUUCAACUGCCAGAACAGCGAGGACAGCAUCGACUUCUGGGGCUACAAUAUCUACUCCUGGUGCGGCGAUUCGUCAUACCAGGCGUCCGGAUACAAGGAGCGCACGGAGGAGUUCCGCAACUACUCGGUCCCCGUCUUCUUCGCCGAGUACGGCUGCAACGAGGUCACGCCGCGCAAGUUCACCGAGAUCAAGGCCUUGUUCGGCGACAAGAUGAACGACGUGUGGUCCGGGGGCAUCGUCUACAUGUACUUCCAGGAGACCAACAACUACGGCCUCGUCUCCGUCGUCGACAGCACCAGCGUCAGCAAGAUGGCCGACUUCACCUACUACUCCAGCGAGAUCGCCAGCGCCACACCCACCGGCACCAACAAGGCGUCCUACACGCCGACCAACACCGCGCUGCAGAGCUGCCCGGCCGUGACCAGCGACUGGAGAGCCAAGGCGACGCCGCUGCCCCCGACCCCGAACGAGGAGCUGUGCGACUGCAUGGUGGCGGCGGCUGGCUGCGUGGUAAAAGACUCGAUCUCGUCGUCCAAAUACAGCGACCUCUUCAGCACCGUCUGCGGCAUGACCGAGUGUGAUGGCGUUCUCGCCAACGGGACCACCGGCGUCUACGGCGCGUACGGCAUGUGCAACGCUAAGGCCCAGCUCAACUUCCUCCUCAACAAGUACUACACUGAGCACAGCUCCCAGGCGUCGGCGUGCAGCUUUGGUGGCUCGGCUACCACGACUUCGACGACCAAGCCCACGGGGACCUGCAGCUCGCUCAUGAAGGAGGCUGGCACUGCGGGCACUGGCACCGUCACCUCCAAGCCGACUGGUACUGGUAGUGGAGCGGCAGCGUCCUCCUCCAGUUCCUCCGGAGUGGGCGUCCCGUUGGCCGGCAGCACUAUGGUCACUGUGGGAUCGUUCCAGCUGGGUGCGUACGCCGUGACUGCCGUGGUUGCUGCGUUGGGCAUGGUUCUUCUGUAG